AUGCCCAGGUUAGAGAACUGCGCCUGGAGCUGUUCCUGCACUGCCAGGGGAAGGCACAAAACCCAGCUGGGAGUGCUGGCCGCCAAGGUGGGCGAGAUGCUGAGCUCCUCCGUCUCCAGCCCUUCGCUGACGUUGGUGGGGCACGGGGCACGCAGCCCCAGCACCUCCAGUGCCAGCAGCAGCACCUUGAACUUGAGUCAACACCUGGUGCAGAGGAGCGUGGUCCUCUUCGUCAUCGGUGCUUUCAUGGCCCUCGUGCUGAACUUGCUACAGAUCCAGAGAAAUGUGACUCUGUUCCCUGACGAAGUCAUUUCCACUCUCUUCUCCUCUGCCUGGUGGGUGCCCCCGUGCUGUGGGACAGCAGCAG